UGGAACAUUGCUUGCAAUGCCAAGGGAAAUGAAGAUGGACAUCUUAGAUAACAUAGCUCAAGCAAUUUUUGCAUUCAAAGCAUAUCCAAACUGUCAAGAGUUGGAGUCAGUGUCUGCUGCUCUGAUUGAAAUGCAUCCUUGUCUCAAGGAUCCGGGCUCAGGAACAGGUUAUCACAGCUGGACUAUGAGCAUCAAAUACAAGGUUGGCAACUACCGCCAGAAACUACGAUCUGUAGGUUGCUCUGAAGUUGCUGUAAACCAGAAAAGAGCAAAUGAGAAUACUAGUCGGCUUAAAAAAGCAAAGAGAUGUGAGGUAAACUUUCUCCCAGACAACCCACUUGGGCAGACUGAUUCUUCCCUUCAAAAAGAAAAGGAAGCAUUACAGGAGGAAUUGAAGAAGAAACGUCUCAACAUGGCAUUUGUUGACUCGAAAAUGGAAUUGACAUUCUCGUUGAGAAGGAAGGAGAUAGUUGAAGAAGAACCUCUUGUAGCUGAUAUCCUAAAACAAUGGCCAGCAUUGUUUUUGGAAGAUCAAAUAUGUGCUGAGUUUUACAGAAUCACACAAACAAACCUGAAGAGUACAUUUUUCUCUUAUCUGGAUGAAUAUGCACCGCAGAUGAUCAAGUUAUAUAGGGUACGCGGCGGAGCACAUGAAGAUGAUAUGAAGACCCUCCUGGACCAAUUUGAUAAUCAGACCUCCGAUGUGCUUGCUUAAAGAAAGGCUACAGCUCUCGAAGGUCUACCUUUGUUUUUGAGGGAAAAGUCUGAACAUUUCCUGAAGACUUGCCUGGACACAGAGCCAGAAGAAAAUCAUACAAAGGGGAUGAAGAUGGGGAUCUUAACCAUUGUUGAAGAUGACGUUGCGACCAUCCACUCAAACACAAAUGUAAGGUGCCUGUCUCUGGUUCUAGAGGAGCACAUCGUGCUGGAUAAUGUGCAAGACCUUCCCACUGCUAUGGCUCUUCUCUUCGGCUUGAUUUAUGCCCUGAACAUGAACUAUCCUAAAGAACUCAAGUACACCUUUGAAAUGAUUCAAAAGGUGUUUAUUGGUCUUGACCCCCAGUGCUCAGCAAGAGUCCAGUCCUUCAAAAACAAACUGUUAAUGACUAAAUAGCUGGAUACGGAUAAGCAUACGGAUAAGGGCAAGCACUAGGCUCUUCCUGUUGUUCCAGCCGAUGUUUCCAUAAAAGUUCAACAUGUCAAAAGAGGAAAUCAUUUCAGUUUUAAUGUAAUGAACCUUAAAUGUUUUUACAGUUGUAAAACUGGAUUGCUCAAAUACAUUUGUUCCUAGUUUUAGAAAUGUAAGUCUUGUUCAUAUUACAAAGCCCUUUAAGACUGUUACUCGCGCACUUUGUUACUCUAGCACUUUUAAAAGAAGUUGUGAUGUAAUAGCACAGAUAAGCAUACAGAGAAGGGCAAGCACUAAGCUGUUCCCAUUGUUCCUCCAGCUGACAUUUUCGUAAAAGUUCAACAUAUGUCAAAGGAGGAAAUCUUUUCAGUUUUUAUGUAAUGUAUCUUAAAUGCUGUUUUUACAGUUGUGAAACUGGAUUGCUCAAACACAUUGCAAUUUGUAGAAUUCUGAAGUCUUCAUUGAUGCAGCACUUUAACACUGUUGCUCUUGCACUUUAAAAAGAUGUUGUGCUGUAAUGGCACUUUAAAAAAAUUCCAAGAAAGUGUUCU